AUGACCACAGGAAAUGACACCACGCCAGGCCCCUCUAACGAGGGAGGAGCAACGAUAGGACGGGUAGCUGUCCGCAUUCCCGAAUUUUGCGCCUCGAACCCAGCACUGUGGUUCAGCACGGUUGAACGCAGUUUCGAAGCAUCAGGGGUGACUGCAGAAUACACGAUGUCCGGAUACGUAUUGGGCGCACUAAACCCGGUGUAUGCGGCGGAGGUCCGGGACGUGAUUAUGAACCCGCCGGUUUCUGGACAGUACCAGAGAUUAAAGACAGAGCUGAUUCAACGGCUCAGCUCAACGCAGGAGCUGAAGACCCGACGUUUACUCGAGUCAGAAGAGAUCGGCGAUCGAAAGCCGUCGCAGUAUCUGCGGCAUCUGAAAAGACUAGCGGGAACCGCAGUCUCCGAUAGCGUUCAGCGCACACUCUGGAUGGGAAGAUUACCCACAAAUAUGCAGGUCAUUUUGGCCACCCAGAAGGACGCGGAACUGGACAAGGUGGCCGACCUGGCCGAUGCGAUCACCCGCGGUCGUUGA